AUGGGCCAAUUCCAUUCAACCAGCCAGGCGAGCUCUGACGCCUCAGAGCAGCAAGGCCAAAAGACCGACUACUAUGAGCUACUUGGGGUAACACGGGCUGCAACCGACGAUGAAAUCAAGAAAGCAUACAGGAAAAAAGCUCUCGUGCUGCACCCAGAUCGAAACUAUGGCAAUGUUGAAGAGGCUACCAAACUGUUUGCAGAGAUUCAAUCUGCUUAUGAGGUACUCGCAGAUCCCCAGGAGCGGGCAUGGUACGAUUCACACAGUGAUGCCUUCCUGGGGACAAGCGGGGGUGCCGAUGAUCAACACUCGUACAAUGUUCGAAUUACAACCACUGAUGAUGUCCUCAAGCUCUUUUCGAAGUUUAAUCCUCGAAUGGAAUUCUCCGAUGCCCCGACUGGGUUCUUCGGUGGUCUCCGCGAGCAAUUCGAACAGCUUGCGUUGGAGGAAAGGCUUGCUUGCCAGUGGGAAGCUCAAGAUCCUAUUGAAUAUCCAGCAUUUGGAUCUUGUGAUGAUGAUUUUGAAAAUGUUGUACGGCCGUUCUAUGCAGCUUGGAGUGGAUUCUCCACCCAAAAGUCAUUUGCCUGGAGGGAUGCUUAUCGUCUCUCUGAAGCGCCUGAUCGCCGGGUGCGACGAUUGAUGGAAAAAGAAAAUAAACGCCUCCGUGAUGAAGGUAUUCGAGAAUUCAACGAUGCGGUCAGGUCCCUUGUGGCCUUCGUCAAGAAACGUGAUCCUCGAUACAAAGCCAACGCCCAGAGCGAAGCCCAACGCCAGGAGACUCUCCGCCAGUCUGUGGCUGCGCAAGCAGCGAGAUCACGAGCGCUUAAUCAGGCCAAGAUGCGUGACCAUGUCCUUCAAGAAUGGGCGCAAUCGGAGCAACCAGAGGCAGACGACAGUGAGAGCGAGGAGAGCGAGGUUGAAAGUUUUGAAUGUGUGGCAUGUCACAAAUAUUUCAAAAUAAAAAAGCACCUCAAGGCUGUCAAGCAACUAUGCUGGGAGAUGCGAAUGCAGAAUGAUCAAUUAGAUUUAGAGUCCACCGAUGGCUCAAGCGCCAAUGCAGUUACAACUCAACCUCUUGAGGUGGGGGAUGAUACAUCCCCCCGGCCGACGUUGAAGUAUUCCGACCGUGAUACUAGGGCGCAGGAAAGCUUGCCUGGCCUAAAAAAGACAUCAACGUCCGGCCCGAAUGCAGUUGAAGACUCUCCCCCGGCCACAGAUGACGAAGAUUACGCUUCGAGGGAAUCAAUCGAAACCAGACUACGAACUGAUAUGAGUCUUCUAUCAGGAGAAAUACAAGAUUCUGUCACUGCACUGUCUGAUCAACUGUGCGCUUCUGAUGUCAUGGGGCAGUCAUUGGCGCCUAAGCUGGGCAAGGCCAAACAGAAACGGGCUAAAAAGGCCGCCAAGGAAACAAAUCAAUCUAUGGCUUUUGUAUGUGCAAGGUGCAAAGAUUCUUUCGCUUCCAAGUCUAAGCUGUUUGAGCAUAUCAAAAGAGAGGACCAUGCACAGCCAUUGUCGGGGACUGUUAGUCAGAAGGGCAAAAAACGUUAG